AUGCGUUUCACUCUGACUGUCCCUGCUUUCCUGGCUCUGGUCUCCGCGGCCUUUGCCCAGACUGCCGACUUCGACCCCGUCACCGUGCCUACUUCCAACCAGGAGAUCGCUGCCGGCGCUCCCUUCACCGUUGAGUGGACUGUUCCCGCCAAGUACGCCGCCGACACCAUCACCAUCGAGCUGAUUGGUGGCCCUACCCAGGCCACCCAGCAGGUCCUUGGAACGAUUGCCACCGGUGUCAAGAACAGCGCCAAGAGCUUCGUCUGGAACGUUGAUGCCACCCUGGGCACCCAGGCUUUCUACGGCCUCAUCGUCCGCUCCGAGAGCAACCCCAACGUCUUCCAGUACUCCAACCCCUUCCACAUCAAGACUGGAAGCGUCAAGGCCAGCUCUACUCCCGCUGGACCUGCCCACACCUCUUCUGGCAGCUACGGAAACCUCCCUCCUGCGGACACCACCACUGUCACCACCUCCACUGGUGUCAAGACCGUUACUCUGGCCACUCAGUCCACCACCCAGGCUCCUGUCUACACUCCUCCCGUCUACACUCCUCCGGCCGUCACUGAUGUUACCGUCAUCCUGAACGCUACCACCACUGUUCCUUGCCGCAACUCCACCAUUGCUCCUCCCACCCUGAGCGCUCCCACCACUCUGCAGAGCGCCACCCGUCUGCCUCCUCCUCCUCCCAGCUCUCCCGUCUACGUUCCUCCCGGUGUCCAGACCAGCUCCGUCUGGGUUGCUCCCUCUGCUCCCUCUGCCUCUAACCCUGCUGUCACCGCUCCUCCCACCAUCCCUACCAACGGUGGUGCUCGCGUUGGCGGCAGCGCCCUGGCUCUGGUUGCCUCCCUGGUUGCUGCUUACUUCGCUCUGUAA